AUGAGUUCUCCAACUCUGGGUACUUCCGACACUGUACCAAGUACUGGUACUGACCGUCGCGACGAUGUCGCUGCAGGAGACGUUCAACAUGGUACCGUUGAUCCCUUUGCUUGUCAGCAAGAGCAGGCGGUGCUCAGUGAAUCUCGACACGUCGUCGACGAGUUAUUGCACGAGGUGUAUGGUCUGCGUGAUCGAGUGGCGCGUCUUGAAGGACAACUGGAUCUUCUCUUGAGAGAUCCUCGACUUGUGGCAUCGCCGAAUCUUUCGGCGUAA